AUGACAACGCUACCAAACACAAGUGUAUUCCAAGCAAGCGAAAGAAGCGAUAAUGUGCAUGAUGAAGAAGUUCCGAUGAGAGUAAUCAACAGACCAUUUCCUCCAGAGCUCGAUGAAGCCAAGGUAGAACGUUUCAUGAGGGACUACGAGGAAGGAGAUACAUUUACACCAAUUGAAAUUUGGAGGGCGAGAAACGCCCAAGGACAAUCGUUUUAUUUCUCUUUUGGUGGAUGCCACAGAUACGAAGCAGCUAAACGACUGAAGAGAGAGACGAUCAGAUCACGUAUAGUGGAUGUACCAAGUACUACAAUACGAGCCCACCUUGGUACUAGCUCUCCUGUAUAG